AUGGAACCACCUUCCUUUCCAAACAUUUUACAAGCUCCUACUUUAGGGUCUAGCUCAGAUGAAGAUACUGCAUAUAACAAUGACACGAAUGACUUCUCUCAUGCUGUUUUCAAGUACAUAAAUGACAUAUUAAUGGAAGAUGAUUUGGGAGAUAAAACCUGUAUGUUACAGGACUGUCUCGCUCUCCAAGCUGCUGAAAAGUCUCUUUAUGAUGUGCUCGGAGAAGAGCAUCCACCUUCUUCUGAUCACCGCGCUCCUUGUUUGGCUCAAAUCAAUGAAAGCCCGGAUGAGAAUUACACUCCAACUACAAGUGUUCAAUCAUCUGUUUUACAGUCGUUUUACUCUCCGGAAAGCGCCUUUGUGGUGCCGUAUGUUCAUGCAGAAACGCAUUCUUUUGGGCAGUUAAAUGGAGUCACGGGAAGUGCUAACAAGCUCCUUCCAUAUAGUCAUUCUGUGAAAUUUUCUUCAAUGAGGAAGGCAUCGGAUCUUCCACAGCCAGAGGAAGAGGAGGUAGCAGACAGAAUCCAGAAAAAUGGAAAGAACUACUCAUCAAAACAGACAAGGGGAAAUUAUCAAUGUGACCGUAAUGACUACUUAGAAGAAGGGAGGAGCAAGAAGCAACCUUCGGUCUCAGAGUCCACACACUUGGAGCUUCUUGAUGAUGACUUUCUGCACAGUAUCGAGAGUGGAGUACACAUAUCAUGUCCUCUGUAUGAUAAUUCACGAAGUGCAGCGUACAAUAAGUUUCUGCAUAAUGAGCAGUUAACAGCAUCUCAUAUGCGCAUGAGAACACUGGCUAAUAAAAGAGAGACAGACCUGUGGACUCAGCUAAUUCUUUGUGCAGAAGCUGCAGGAAGAGGUGAUCAAAAGACAGCAAGUGCGAAAUUAAAACAGAUUAGGCAACAUUCUUCUCCUUUCGGGGAUGCAAAUCAAAGAUUGGCACAUUAUUUCGCUAAUGGCCUCGAGGAACGCCUUGCCGGCACUGGAAUGUUACUCUCUGGACCCAUUACACAAAAUUCGACAACAGCUGUUGACAUCCUGAAUGCUUAUAAGCUUUAUGUUACAAUAUGUCCUUUCAGGAAGAUGACAAAUUUGUGUGCAAACCGAACAAUUGCGAGGGUAGCAGUUAAGGCAACAAGCGUGCACAUCAUUGAUUUUGGCAUCAGUUAUGGAUUUCAAUGGCCUUGCUUUAUCUACCGUCAUUCAUUAAGGCCUGGUGGACCUCCCAAGAUUCGCAUUACGGGAAUUGAGCUUCCCCAACCAGGUUUUCGGCCUGCAGAAAGGGUUGAAGAGACUGGCCGUCGUUUACAAAGAUUGGCUGACAGAAUGAAGGUUCCGUUUGAGUACAAUGCCAUAGCCCAGAAAUGGGAAACUAUUCAAUAUGAGGAUCUCAAGAUCGAUAGAGAUCGAGAUGAGGUGAUUGUUGUCAACUGCAUGUACCGAUUCAAGAACUUACCUGACGACACAAUGGCGUACAACAGCCCCAGGGAUGCUGUUCUUAAAUUGAUUAAGACAAUCAAUCCUGAUGUAUUCCUCCAUGGAGUGCGUAAUGGCUCUUACAAUGCUCCCUUCUUUGUCACAAGGUUCCGCGAAGCAUUGUUCCAUUACUCCGCAUAUUUUGAUAUGCUCGAAGCCAAUGCACCUCGAGAAGAUCAAGAAAGAUUGCUAUUCGAGAGAGAAAUGAUUGGAAGGGAUGCUAUAAAUGUGGUAGCAUGUGAGGGUACACGAAGGAUUGAAAGGCCAGAGACAUACAAGCAAUGGCAGAUGAGGAAUUUGAGGAAUGGAUUUAGGCAGAUCCCAUUACAUCAAAGUAUCAUAAACAGAGUGAAAAGCAUUAAACCCGAUUAUCAUAAAGAUUUUAUCGUUGAUGAGGAUGGACAAUGGGUACUUCUUGGAUGGAAGGGAAAGAUAUUUCAUGCUAUUUCAGCUUGGAAACCUGUCCAGGAGUAACCCCAUAAAACUAUGAUGUUUUCGUUUUUUUUUUACGAGUAAAAUUAUGCUUGAACUUCUUAUACUUCUAUGUUGAGCAACUGUAACAGUCCUCUUGCACUGGUUUUCUGCGCAUCUGAUAUCGUUAUUACUAAAUGAUC